AUGGCAAACCGUGACGUCGAUCAGCAAAGUAUUCAAGAAGACGUAAAGAUUGUACCUAUGCCAUCGAGGUCGAUCUGGACAUGUACCGAUGUGGCCUUGCCAAAUCCCGUCUUGAGUCCCUACGAAGAGAAAGACACCAUCGCUUUUGUCUUCCAUACCAGUGGAUCCACCGGUAUGCCCAAACCCAUAUACCAGACUCAUCGAGUAUGGACGCAAGGACUGCCUUGUCUUCCCGGACUCGCGGCGUUCACCACGACACCGUUAUAUCAUGGCGGGAUGCCUGAUUUCCUUCGCUCCAUGAUGUCUCGUACUCCCUUAUAUCUGUACUCCUCUUUGUAUCCCAUCAACGCAACUAACGUCGUAGAGGCGCUCUCGUCCUGCCGGGACGUUCGGGCAUUCCUCUCUGUGCCUUACAUCCUGAAAAUGCUCUCUGAGUCGGAUGCAGGGAUGUGCAUGCUUCAGCGCAUGCGUCUCGUCAGCACUGGCGGUGCUCCCCUCCCGGACGAAACGGGCGACUACAUGGUGACCCGCGGGAUAAAGCUCGUGAGCCGUCUUGGCUCCAGCGAAUGUGGAUUCUUGAUGAGCUCGGCAAGGGACUACACCACUGAUAAAGAAUGGAGCUGGCUGCGAGAUUACAGUCAUUCUCUAGAUCUGCUUCGAUUUGUACCUUCCGGGGACACAGGGACCUACGAGCUAAUAGUGGACAAAGAAUUCCCGACAUUGAACGUAUCUAAUCUACCUGACGGUAGCUUUGCUACUGCUGAUCUAUACGCCAAACAUCCUGUAAAGCCUCAUACAUGGAAGUACGCAGGCAGAGCAGACGAUAUUAUAGUCCUGACGAACGGCAAGAAGACUUCUGCGAGUAUUAUUGAGAACAGUCUUAGGGCAUCACCUGCUAUUUCCGAGGCGCUCGUCUUCGGUGCCUCACGACCACUGCUUGGUGUUCUCAUUUUGCCCGCCGACGGGGAUGCCGCCAGGGAAUCCAUUUUGGACAUUGUUCAUACGCUGAACCAGAGGGGACCGUCAUAUUCCCACAUCGUCGACGAAAUGGUUGUCAUACUUCCGUCUGGCUCAACUAUCCCGAAGGCUAGCAAAGGGACCCUUCUUCGUCCUCUGGCGUAUGCACAGUAUGCGGACGUGAUAGAGCUGGCGUAUCGGACGUUCAACUCGGGCGGCGGCUCCUACACCAUCGGCGAAUGGGACAACGAUGAGGAUUUAUUCGCCCUAGGUAUAACCUCCGUCAAGGCCAUGGCGUUGCGCAGUAAAUUACAGAAGCUAGUCGAUGACCCGAUACCUUUGAACGUGGUUUACGAGUAUUCUACUGUAAAUAGGCUAGUGAAAUUGAUGGAGGACGUGCGGUCCGGGCGAUCCGGGCGUUCCGCAGGGACUACUGCAAAUGCCUCAUUAUUGAUGCAUGAGCUGGUAGCCAAGUAUGGCACAUUCACCACAGAUCAAGCGUCUGAGCCAGGUGGUCCAACUGACUGUUCCCAAGGGCACGCUGUAGUACUCACUGGCGCCACUGGUGCACUUGGUGCCCAUAUCUUAGCUAGGAUCUUGCACGAAUGUGAUUCUGAAGUCAUAGUUUUGGUCAGGGCUCGGGACGACGCUGAAGCUGAAACCCGUGUCGUCCAGAGCUUGAAGACCAGAGGCUUUAGCGGUUUCGACACCGGAUCAGUAUGGGCGAAAGUCAAAUGUUUUGCGAUACAACUGGGUGAUCCUUGUCUGGGCCUGAAACGGGACGAGUAUCGCAUGAUCGCUGAUCUUGUAACCUGGAUAAUUCACGCUGCCUGGGAUGUCAAUUUCGUUGCGGGCCUUGAAUCAUUCGCCGCCAUUCAUUUGGCAGGCACUCGGAAUUUAAUCGACCUCUGUAUCGCUAGUCCACGGAGAGCAUCGAUGAUCUUCUGCUCUUCGACCGCUGCUGUAGUAAACGAAUCCUCCGCUAUACCGGAAUCCCUGCCCAAAUCCGACUCCAGUCCCUCACCCCUCGGAUAUUCUCGCUCCAAGUGGGUCGCCGAGCACAUUUGCGCUCGUGCGUAUGCCGGCCCCCUCAAGGGACGGAUCAGUAUAGCUAGGGUUGGCCAGCUAUGUGGCGAUACUCGAAAUGGCGUAUGGAAUGAAACAGAGGCCUGGCCUCUUCUGAUCGCCAGCGUCAAGUAUACUGGCUGUCUUCCAGCUCUACAAGAGCGGCCCUCCUGGUUACCCAUUGAUAUCGCUGCCCGGGCUAUCAUGGAUAUUAUCGACGGCUCUGAUUCUAUACAAGCCACGAGCGUUAUCCCAGUCUAUCACGUUGUGAAUCCGAAUACAGCGACGUCGUGGGAGGACAUUUUGUCCUAUCUUUCCUCUAUGGGUUUGGAAUUCAAGACUGUACCCCCGGAUCGAUGGCUCGAACGGUUAGACUGCGCUCUAUCGUCAAAGCCGGAUAGUCCCACAGGUGCCUUAUUGCCGUUGUGGCAUGCAAACUACACCAGUAAAGAGAAAAACAUUAUGGAUGUCCGCUACGACACCUCGGUCAUUGCCACAAUAUCGAAGUCCAUGAAAGAGCCACCGGCUAUCUCUUCCACCCUCGUUGGCAAAUUCGUGGCGUCUUGGAGGGAGACAGGUUUCUUGCCUCCUGCUUGGUCCACCUAG